AUGUGUCCAGAAAACGUAGAUUUAUUUUCCGCAAUUAGUCUUUCUGCGAACACUGUUGCUCGUAGGGUUGAACAUAUUGAAAGAAAUAUUAAAUCACAGCUAAAAGACAAAGCCAGCAAGUUUGUAUGCUUUUCUGUUGCACUUGAUGAGUCAAUUGAUGUAUCAGACACAUCCCAAUUGUUAUUGUUCAUCAGAGGAAUAAAUGCCAAUUUUGAGAUUACUGAGGAACUUGUAUCUGUGCACAGCAUGCAUGGAACAACAACAGGCAUAGAUAUUUUUAGAGAAGUGGAAAAGUCAGUGGCUGAGUAUAAUUUGGAAUGGAAAAAACUAAAAUGCAUAACAACAGAUGGUGGCAGAAAUAUGUGUGGAACCAAAAAGGGCUUAGUUGGGCAAAUUAACAAAGUAAUUGAGAAUUCCGGUGGAUUGAAACCUUUGGUAUUGCAUUGUAUUCUUCAUCAGCAAGCACUGUGUGGAAAGCAUCUUGAUUUAUCAUCUGUAUUAGAUCCUGUGAUUUCCACUGUUAACUACAUAAGAUCUCAUGGACUCAAACAUCGCCAAUUUCGUGAUUUCUUGGAGGAAAUGAAUGCUGAGUUUCCAGACCUACCUUACUAUACUUCAGUAAGAUGGCUUAGCUAUGGAAAAAUUCUGGCUAGAUUUUUUGAGCUUCGAACUGAAAUUGAAAUAUUUUUAAAUGAGAAAAACCAUUCACAGGUGUUGCUCAAAGACAGUGAAUGGCUCUGGAAAUUAGCAUUUUCAGCCGAUUUAACUAUGCAUCUCAAUGAUUUCAACCUACGGAUACAAGGUGAAACUUCACUCAUCUGUGAUUUGUACUCAAAGGUGAAAGCUUUUCGUAAGAAAUUAAUACUAUUUGAAAGUCAGUUAACAAGAAGCUGCUUUACUCAUUUUUCACGAUGUGACAAAUAUAGACAGGAAGCUGCCACUCCAUUUCCAAACUUGUUUGCUCAAGAUGUCAUUUUAGCUUUGAAACAACAGUUUGAAGAACGUUUUUCUGAUCUUGAUGCAUGUUCUUCAAAACUAAGAAUUUUUGAAAAUCCAUUUAACUCUGUUCUUCUGAGUUACAAAUGGAAGUUAUUGAUUUGCAAUCCAAUGACAUCCUGA